AUGGCCACAAGAAUCCGAGAUUACUAUGAUCUUGAGGCAAGAUGGUUUGAAAAAAAUGCACCUAUAGGAGGAUUCACAAAUCCAAAUGGCAAAUGUUUUCCGGUUACUGUCGAGAAUUUAUUAACUUCGUUAAAAUAUCGAGCAGAAAAAGCGAAUGUAAAAACUCUCUGUAAUUACUUGUCUGGAAUUACUGGAUAUCACACACAAGUACUUCAUUUUACCAAUUGGAAAGAGGAAGUCAGAAAUAAUCAACGCAUAAAAGAUUAUAUUGAUUCAUUACGAGGCUCUGGUCCCAUUGGUACCAUAAGAGAACAGCAUCGUCGUGAAGUGGAAAAUGUCCAACGACACAAUUUGCUCACACAGUGA